GCAAGGAGGCUCUGGAGCUAUGUGGUCUCCGAGCUGCCCAUGGAGGACACACACAAUAACGCAUGACUGUUUUCAGAGAAAAUUAGCUCACCGUCUCCCCUUUUUUCAACUCGUUGCAGUGAGGUUUGUGCGCUCUGAACAAGGUUUGCUUCAAGAAAGCCUUUCAGCAUGACAGAACAUGACAUUCCAAAUCCAUCAGUGGCCGCCUCUGAGAAAUUGAAUAUUUGUCAUUUCCAUUAGACUGUACUUUAAUUAUGGACACAAUUAGACAACCCAUGGCAGUGUCCCUCUCUCUGACUUUCUGCCAAGGAACUCUGUGAUUGGUGGAUCGUUGUCAAGUGUCACCUCAUUUACUUAUGAACUGGAAGAGCAGGUUAUGCGGCAGGGAGGCUUUCAUCCUCUGCAUCAGGAGGAGCAGAAAAAGGGAUGUAGCUGUACUAAUUAGAGUAACAGAUGUGUCAUGAGUGUUAUCGCUCUUCAAGGCAUUUAGAAACGUGAUGCACCCAACAGUUUACAAUGGACCCCGCUGAGAACUCCAGUGUUUUUCCUGCAGCAGAUCGAUGUCCCAACUGCAGCUCAUCCUCCCAACAUGAAGUGGAAGUAGCCAAGAUGGUGGUUCUGGGGAUGGUUCUGUUGGUGUUUAUCGUGUUUGGGGUCCUUGGCAACAUCCUUGUCAUCCUGUCGGUGUUGUUCCACCACCACUGGCGCUCUGUGACGCACUACUUUAUCGCCAAUCUGGCCGCCGCAGACCUGCUGCUGAGCUCGGCUGUGAUGCCCUUCUCUGCCACCUCGGAGGCUCUUGGAAGAUGGGUGUUUGGCCGCUUCUUCUGCAGCGUCUGGGCCGCUCUGGACGUCCUCUGCUGCACCGCCUCCAUCCUCAGCCUCUGUGUGAUCUCCAUCGACCGCUACCUGGCAGUUAGCUAUCCUCUGCGCUACCCUGCCAUCGCUACGGGUCGCCGAGGCCUGACGGCGGUGGCUGCUCUCUGGGUUCUCUCUGCGGCUAUAUCUGUGGGCCCUCUGUUCGGCUGGAAGGAACCGGAGCCAGAAGACGAGACAGUGUGCCGGAUCACGGAGGAACCCGUCUAUGCUUUGUUCUCGGCGCUAGGAUCUUUCUACAUCCCUCUAGCCAUCAUCCUGGCCAUGUACUGCCGUGUGUACACUGUGGCAAAGAGAAAGAACGCAACCCUCCGGAAGAGCGGUACGGGAGAAGGGGUUGAGGCAGAAGGGGUGACGCUGAGGAUUCACAGAGGGAACGCUGCUCAGACUGAGAAGCAAGAGGAAAACAAAGGGACCGUGGCACGCAAACGCACCACCUUUUCCCUGCCGAAGAUGCUUAGGUUCUCAAGAGAAGAGAAGGCAGCCAAGACUCUUGGCAUCGUUGUCGGGUGUUUCAUUCUGUGCUGGCUUCCUUUUUUCCUGGUAUUACCCAUUGGAUCCAUCUUCCCGUCCUGUAAGCCUUCUGAAACCAUCUUUAAGAUCACCUUCUGGCUUGGCUACCUGAACAGCUGCCUUAACCCCAUCAUCUACCCCUGCUUCAGCCGGGAGUUCAAGAAAGCUUUCCAAAACGUGCUCCGUGGUCGCUGCCUUCGAACUGGGGCGCCUGCGGUCAAACCACAAGGACACGUCGCCCCCCACUCCUCCAGUCCACACCACCCGUCCCGCAACGCUGAUGUCUCGUGCCAAGACCGCGUCAAUGCUUCCUCAUGGGGCUGCUGCAGGGCACUGUCGACCUCCUCGUCAUCAGUCGCUGGUCCGGAUCAAAGCGCGCAAAUCCAGAGUAAGAGUCUCCUGAAGGCGUGGUGUUUCUCAGCGAGCCAAACGCCGGUGCCCCAGAACCCCUGCAGUCACAGAUCGGCCAAGGUCUUACGCCUUUCUCUCAGUGUGGCAGGAGAAGCUGUUUGAUUGGCCCGCUGAUGCAAUGCCGGGAUCUUUGGGAAUUCAAUAUUUGGUUUGCCUUCUGGAAAAACUUCUGUACAACUUUUGCAUGUAUAUUCAAAUUUCUCAGAGACAUAGAGGGCAGGACUAGGUCAUAAUGUGACAUACCUCAAGCACUGGUAGACGAUAACUGUUGCCUUAAGACCUUAUGUGUCAAAGGAAAUAGGAUUUUAGAAAGUGAAUGAAAACAUGUUUUGUACAGAUUCAUCAACAGCAUUCUGCCCUCAUAGUGCUCUCCAGUGUCAACACGGGAUCAAACCAACAAGAAGACUGGAGAAAGACUUACAGCAAGAUACUUUUGGAAAAAAACAUUUCAUAAUUUCUGCACUUGCCAUUGUACAAUAACUGUAGAGACAUUUCUUUAAACUUUAGUGGUAUUUAUUCAGAAUGCACAGAAGUCCUUAAGGACCAGAUACUCAUGAAUCAUGGCAUUCACUGACAGCUCUUAAAAGGUGUAAUCUGGUGAAAGAUUGUGUGUAUUAUAUAUGUGUCCUUUGUGUUUCUAAAGGGACAAAACACCUGCAGGAUUCGAUGUAAUAAUACCUGUCACAGAAAAGAAAAAACCGUAUGAAUCGUCGGACUGAAGAGAAACAGGAGUAGAUCUUUGAGUGUGGUAUGAAUAACGGUUUGCAGAAGCAACAAAAGCCCUUCGUUGUGCCCCUCUGAAGCUUUCAAUGUUCUUUUUUUGUUGCGGUUUUAUCAAAGUGUGUUGAAUCAACUUUUUAUGUUUGACAUCUUAGCUUGUGGUGUUGUUGAAUAAAUGAAGAGGUGUCAGAUAGUUUUCUCUGGAUCUUUGAGUACUGGUUUUCUGCCCGUGCAGUUUCGUUUUCCUCAGGCAAACAUAUUGUAUUUCUUUAACUGACAUCUGUAUUUGAGCUGACAGACAGCCCUGACUAUUAUCAAAUUAGCUGUCAUGACUAACGUAUAAACAAACAAUUAUCUACUUACAGGCAUCCAGGAGACACAGAGCAACAUAAUAGUCACAUUUGAGUUGUGUUUGUUUCCGCCCAACCUUUACUUUAUCUUUUAAUUGCUAGCAAUUCCUGGAGGGAAUUAACAGGCUCCUUAACUGCUCAAUUUUUACAGUCAGUUUAAUAAUUAAAAAUACAGUUUAUUUAUAGAGCACCUAAUAUAAGAGAUAGCUCAAAGUGUUUAGGAAAAUAUAAAUGCAACAUUAAAACGUCAAUUAGCCAAUAAAAGACAAUAGAUGAUCAGCUUUAAAUGUUUAUUAGGCUGAUUUUCUGGAUAAUAUUUGUAUUUUGUGACAUACUGUACAAGCAAGGCAUGGCAAGUUUAUUUAUCACCUUUCAACACAAGGCAAUUCAAGGUGCUUUACAAAAAUGAAAGAC